AUGGUCUCUGGAAUCGCUAAACUGCGGUUCAUACGGUAUGCGUCGACCUAUUGUGGGCGUAAGAGGAUCUCGAUUGUGGGAUCAGGGCCCUCUGGGUUUUAUACAGCUUACCGUUUGCUUACCAAGUCCGAGGUGCCUUUGCACAUUACAAUGUGGGAGAAAUUGCCUGUACCAUUUGGAUUGAGUCGAUAUGGAGUAGCUCCCGACCAUCCUGAAGUAAAGAACUGUGAGGAUACUUUUACCAAAUGUGCUAAAGAGUUUUCAAGACCUGGUCAAAAGCACUUAUUUGAAUUCAUCGGUGGAGUUACCGUGGGGGAAGAAGUUAAGUUGACUGAAUUAUUGAAGAAACAAGAUGCUGUGGUUUUAAGCUAUGGUUGUACAGGCGAUAAGAAAUUGGGGAUUCCAGGAGAGAAUAGCACGAAAGGUGUGUUUAGCAGUCGAGAAUUUGUCAACUGGUACAAUGGCCAUCCCGAUUUUGCGACAAGUCCUAAGUUCAUCGAUUUUGACUGGUCCAAAGUUCGGAAUGUGGGUAUAAUAGGUAACGGUAACGUUGCAUUGGAUUUGACGAGGGUACUAAUAAGCAACAAAAUCAGCGAAUUGUGGAGUGGUACAGAUAUAUCACCGAUCGCGAUGAAAUGUCUACAAAGGGCACCUAUACAAAAUGUGAAGCUCAUUGCAAGACGUGAUUUUAGUCAUUCCAAAUUUACUAAUAAGGAAUUGCGAGAGAUGUGGGAAUUGGAGAAGUAUGGGAUUCGGGGUCGUAUUGACCCCACAUAUUUUCGAGAAGACAUGUUUAACCUAAACACGAUUAAAGACCGUGCGUUUAAAAGACGUGUGGAAAUGUGCUCCGAAUAUCUCAAACCCUACGAGCAAAGAACCAAGAGAAAUUAUCAAAAGUUCCUUCCACCAGGAGCGAACGGCCAAACGUGGGAAUUAGACUAUCUCAAGACUCCCAUUGCCAUCAACAGUGACUCCAGUGGUAACCUAAGCUCGUUGACUGUUUGCAAGAACGAAAUCACUGCAGAUAACAGAGUAGUAUCACUGAAAGACCAAGAAUUGACCUACGAGCUCGACUUACUGAUCACUUCACUCGGUUAUGCAGGCCAGCCUCUACCUGAAUUUGCCAGCCUGCACAUUCAAUUUGAUAAAAGCCAUCUAGCUGCUACAGCAGGCCGUGUACUGACUACACAGGGCUCUACAUAUCCUGGCCUCUACGCAUCGGGGUGGAUAAAGACGGGCAGCACAGGUGUCAUAGCCUCCACGAUGAUGGGAGCUUUUGAGGUCGCGGACGUACUACUUCAAGACCUGCCCAAGCUUCCCUCCAGGCCCACUGGACCCGUGGAUCUCACCCAUAUCGCGCACACGAACUGGCACCACUGGGAAAUUCUUAACAAGCGCGAGCUACAGAAGGGCGAGGAACAAAAUAAGACAAGGAGCAAAUUCCUGACGUAUCAAGAACUUCAAUGUUCCAACUAG